AUGGGUUGUACCGUAGAGCCCUUGACAAGGAUGUCUGUGCGCGUUAUACUUAUUUUCAGCAGCACAUGUAUGGAGGAUUCUUGUUUACACCUAGAAUUUUCGGCCCUAGGACCAAUUAAGGCUAAUGGCAUACCUGGUGUCCAAGGCUGUAAUCUUGGUCUCAAUGAUGGCCCAGGUGUCAUGGACCUUGGGUAUUUUGAAAUAGCUCCACGACCGUUACUCGGCCUAGCAAUCAGCACUUCAUCAGUGGUUGAGAUCAUCCAGUUUCGGUCUAUUGGUAUGCUCGCCCUAACAACUAGACUUGACCAAACGAGCCAUUUUGGCCUAAUCGACAAAAUCGCCCCAACAGGACAGCUCAGCCCAAGAGACAGGGUCGACCCAACUCCCAGGUCCUCCCAGCAAUCAAAUCCAAAUUCACUCCGAUCUUUGGCCAUAUCUCCAAUUAGGAAGCUCGGCUCAUGGCCUUGA